AUGCGUGUUUUCCUAUUCCAGACGGCCAAAGGCCUGUUCAGCUCCUCUGGCGGCUACCGAUCGAAUCUGAUGCUACUGAAAUACCUAGCAUCUCGCGGCCACCAAGCCGCGCAGCUGUGUUAUGUCUGGGACCGCGAGGUCGAGAACUACUGCGAAGAGAUGGUAGCGAACGGACUGAACCCCGAACUAGAAUCCGAGAAGAUAACCGUACCAGCGGACCAAGACACCAGCGUCGACCUGAGAACAUACUCAUUCAUCGACGCCGACGGCGUGAGGAACCUCGCAGUCAGCGUGACUGAUUUCAUGAAGAUCCUCCCCGACCACGAGCUCGCCAAGGAAGCCGCCCGAUGGAUUGAGCACGAUCUAGUGUGCACUCGACUGCAAGUCUUUCUGAUGUUCCUAGAUGGGUACCUUCGACGGUUCCAGCCAACGCACGUAAUCUUCAACGAUGGCAUGUCCAUGAAGGCCACGUCAGUCAUGCCCUCGCUGCGCGACGUCUGCCGGAUCUGCAUCGUCCACACGGCCGAGCAGCUACCGUUCGGGCCCUACGCAGGUGGGAUUUCCGGAUCCGCCUAUUCGGCCGGCGAACACAAACUGCUGUUAGGACUCGACGGCAUCUGGUCCGUGUCGCAGGCGCUCAAGAACUACGCGCGACAAUACGGUCAACUCAACACCACCUUCCACGUCCAUCAUCCUUGGACAUAUCUCGACCCCAAGACCCACGGCCUGCCCAUGCGACGGCGGAACUGGGACAAACAGAUCGUAGGCAUCGUCAACCCGUGUCCCGUCAAGGGCAGUUCCAUUCUUCAGGGGCUAGCCAAGCGAUGUCCACAAUUCAAGUUUGCAGCAUGGUCCAGCUGGGGCAUGGACAAUAAAUUGCAGAAAUCACUCGGUGAACUGAAGAAUGUUGAUCUCCGUCCAACAGCUCGAGACAUGGAAGAAGCGUGGUCCGAGAUCAAAGUGCUCCUGGUGCCCUCGCUGUGGUUCGAAGCAUGGGGCAUCGUCGUGGUCGAGGCCCAAGCCCGCGGUAUCCCCGUGAUCGCGUCGGACGCGGGUGCCAUCCCCGAGGCGAAACUCGGCAUCCCGCCCAUCGUCCACGUCAACAUGUUGACCGGCGAGCGCGACGACGACGGCUACAUCGUCCCUGACCAGGACAUCCAGCCCUGGGUCGACGAACUGACCAAGCUGAUGACCGACAAGGAAUACUACGAGGAGGUCUCCGAGCGCGCCCGCUCCGAAACCGCCUUGUGGCUAGCCGGUCUGGACGAGACCGCCUUGGAGAGGUGGUUGCUUGAAUGUGCCAAGCAGAAGGCCCUCUACGACGGACCCAUGCCCGCGAGUGUUUCCGCCCGGGCCAUUUGCGAUCAAGCAUAG